UAUCGCUCUCGCUCUCGAUCUCGAAACUAAAUCGAGCGUGAGGUUUUGUUGCGCGUGUGAACCUGGAGCAGAGUAAAGCAAAAGCAAACGGAUAGACGAGCUCGUUAGUUUUAUUUACAAAAUAAUUAAAAAUGCCGAUGAGUGCUGGCCAGUGAUAUUAAAUGUGCGUUAAAAAUGUCGAAUCCUGGAGGUAGCAGGCGAAACGGGGCUACUAAGAUACGUUUGACCAUUUUAUGCGCCCGCAACUUAGCGAGAAAAGAUUUAUUUCGCCUUCCUGAUCCGUUCGCCAAGGUUACUGUUGAUGGAUCCGGUCAAUGUCACAGCACGGACACCUGCAAAGCCACCCUAGACCCCAAAUGGAAUCAACAUUACGAUCUAUAUAUCGGAAAGAAUGACGGUAUCACUAUAACCGUAUGGAAUCAUAGAAAAAUUCAUAAAAAGCAGGGUGGUGGAUUUUUAGGAUGCGUCAGAAUUUUGUCAAAUACUAUUCAAAGGCUCAAAGACACCGGAUAUCAACGUCUGGAUCUUUGUAGAGCGAAUACUGAUGACACAGACGUAAUUAAAGGUCAGAUAGUGGUAUCUUUAUUGUCUCGAGACGGUCAUAAUGGAGCUGUGAGUAAUACCGUGGGCCAUAACGCAGUAGUUGAUGUCCUCGGUGAUUUGAGUUGUCCAAAUGAUUUGCCUGAUGGAUGGGAAGAGAGGAGAACUGAAAGCGGUAGACUUUACUAUGUUAAUCAUUACACAAGAACCACUCAAUGGAUCCGUCCUAACUCACGACCUAAUGCAAUAAUACCAACGACGCCGGAACCCCCGGCGUUGCCAAAUUCCGAGCCGACGUCACCCAGCAGUAGCGGCUCGCCGUCUAAUGUCCAAUCCGACAGCCCACCUCACAACCACCGUAAUCAGGAGACCUGGAAUGAUGGGACUCCCAGCAGAACUCCUAGUCGUGACAGCUCGACGCAAAACACCCCCAGGAAUACUCCAACUCAGAAUCAAAACCAGAACGCUAGAAAUCAGACACCGCCUUCUGCUGGUCGGGAUAGACGAACGUCCAGGAACAGCGAUGAGAAUGCUAAUGCUAAUGUCAAUGGUAGAGUUGAAAGAAAUCAAAAUCAAAGUCAACCAAGACGACCCAGUCGUCCUCAUAGAAUUCGCAAUGGUGAAAGGAGAAAUGAACAACCUACGGAUCUUCCUCGUGGUUAUGAAAUGCGUCAAACACAGCAGGGACAAGUUUAUUUCUACCAUGUGCCAAGUGGCGCGUCAACGUGGCACGAUCCGCGAAUUCCACGGGACUUGCCGGCUAAUGAGUUAGCAACAGAGUUGGGUCCAUUACCAAGUGGCUGGGAGAUGCGACAAACUCCCAGUGGUCGUGUUUACUAUGUCGAUCACAAUAACAGGACGACGCAGUUCACAGACCCUAGAUUGUCAGCCCAGAUCAUCAACAGCCUACUAAAGAAACACACAAACAGCAAUAAUGGGGGAACUGCUGUAAAUGUAACCAGUGGGAGCAAUCCAUCUGGAAAUACCAGCAAUGCAAUUGUCACGCCAAGAACAAAUGACGUCGGUACUGAGUCAACUGCAUCGACUACAACCACGACAACUACCACAAAUACCAACACCACGCCGUCUGCAGUUAGUGUUGCGGAUACAACAAAUACUAAUCAGCAAACACAGAUACAAAGUAACCGUACGAUAUGCAAUUCAACGUUAGUUAAUAAUAAUUCAUUUACGGUUGAAAACACACCGAUUAAUAUUAUUCCACAGACUAUUUCGGAUUUACCUAAAGAGCUUAUGGAGAGUGAAUUAUUACCCAAGUAUAAACGUGACCUUGUUGCUAAAUUAAAAUGUCUUAGGGCUGAAUUAAAUGCUCUUCAACCGCAGAGUGGUCAUUGUCGCCUUGAAGUAUCGAGAAAUGAAAUAUUUGAAGAGUCAUACAGGAUAAUUAUGAAAAUGAGGCCUAAGGACAUGCGAAAGAGAUUGAUGGUUAAAUUUCGCGGUGAAGAAGGUCUUGAUUACGGUGGAGUUGCUCGUGAAUGGUUGUAUUUAUUGUCCCACGAGAUGUUAAAUCCUCAGUACGGAUUAUUUCAGUACUCCAGAGAUGACAAUUACACGCUACAAAUAAAUCCAGACUCAGGAAUAAACCCCGAACAUCUUUCGUACUUCCACUUCGCGGGUAGAAUUAUUGGAAUAGCUGUUUUUCAUGGCCAUCAUAUUGACGGCGGCUUUACGAUGCCUUUUUACAAAAUGUUGCUUAAUAAAGGAAUCACUUUGAGCGAUAUAGAGGGCGUAGAUCCCGAGCUGCAUCGCAGUCUCACCUGGAUGCUGGAGAACAGCAUCGAUGGAGUGCUAGACGCGAGUUUUUCUGUGGAACACAGCAGCUUUGGAGUGCUUAGGAAUCAUGAACUUAAGCCUGGGGGGAAAGAUAUCACUGUGACUGAGGAAAAUAAAAGGGAGUAUGUGAGGUUGUAUGUUAAUUAUCGGUUUAUGAGGGGGAUCGAACAGCAAUUCUUGGCGUUGCAAAAAGGAUUUCAUGAACUUAUUCCUCCGCAAUUGUUGAGGCCUUUUGAUGAAAGAGAGUUGGAACUGGUGAUAGGUGGAUUGGGGAGUAUUGAUAUUAAUGAUUGGAAGGUGAAUACGAGGUUGAAACAUUGCAAUCCCGAUACUCCGGUUGUUAAAUGGUUCUGGCAAAUUGUCGAGUCGUAUGGCGAAGAAAUGAGGGCUAGGCUACUGCAAUUUGUUACGGGAAGUUCUCGGGUACCUUUACAAGGAUUCAAAGCUUUACAAGGAUCAACUGGUGCAGCUGGACCACGUCUAUUCACAAUUCACGCAGUAGAUGCUCCUAGUGAAAACUUACCAAAAGCUCACACGUGUUUCAAUAGAAUAGAUAUACCACAAAGUUAUCCAUCCUACCAAAAAAUGCUCGACAAGCUUACGCAAGCCGUCGAAGAAACGUGCGGGUUUGCGGUUGAAUAAAUUGGUUACUCUCAAGGCUGAAGUAUCUGGAUAAAUAAU